UGGUGCUGCUGCUGAUGGCCAUACAGUGGCUGCGGUGUGGUCACCACGUCUACGUUGUCAGUACGUGGAGUGGGAGUCGUGCAGCGUGCAUCAUGUUGUAUCACCUGUUGCUGCAGACAGUAAAGAAGCAACUCGCACCAGAGGUAUUAGUCAGUCAGCUUCACCUUCUGCAUGUUGAUCUUAAUGGCGACAAAAACGUGGAGAAGGCCGUCAACGACUUGUCACAAGCUGCAAGUGGAGGAUCGUUGUAUGUCCUCAUUGACGAAAUGGGACACAUCUCUUACAUGGACACCCCUAAAAUGAAACACAUCAAGACCUUCUGUGAGAAGCUGCUGGCACAGGUUCCUCGUCUCCAUCUGUGGGCGGCAAGUUGUUACAGUAAGAACUGUCCCCCCAGCUGGCAAGUGGAAUAUUUAACCAGACCUCUCCGCUCUCCACCCGCUGUUGUCAGGGAAGUCGAGAAAGAUACAAUUAUCAGUAAGGGUGUAAGUAUCAAGAAAUACAGUGAGCGAGGUGUACCCGACCACACAGACGGCCCACCAGUCACACGAAUGUAUCACGAAGGUCAGGGUCACUCAGGUGACUGGCCAGGUGCCUGUAUCACGUGCGGUCGUGAGGUGGCCAACGUCCUACACAGUCUCCGUGUUGGUGUUACGGAGAAUAAUGAGCUGACAACACUAAACACCGUCACUUCAACAACUGGCGGCACAACACCCUGUCUACAGUGGAGAGACGUACUGGUGUUGGACUGGUGUGACGUUAGUGAUCAAUCGGGUGUUGUGAAGGGACUGCAAGAAGCGGGUAUCCCAGUGCAGGUGAUGAAGGAUGAUGAAGACAUGGAGGACGUGGCCACGGCCCGCAGUGACGUGGUGUGGGUGGCGUGUGGAGAUCGUGUUCGUGGUCUGGAGAGAAAAGUCGUCGUGUAUCUGAAGUACCCUAAUGACGAUUAUUUUUCAAGAUCAAACGUUAAUCAUACACUUGGCAGUUUCCACUCCAUAUCCCGGUGUACAUCACAACUCGUGACUGUGGAGUAGCCUCUCACCUCCUGAACAUGCUUCACACUCCCUCACCUGUCACCUGUAGCAGUCUCCUGUCUGUCUCCAUCACACCAACAUCUAUAAUCAGUUGUAACAUUGUGACAUUGUUCUUUAGUGUGCGGACUACUGUAAUCUGCUAAACGACUGUAUCAACAGUUGUUAUCCUGGAAUGUGAUGAAUGUUCUCGAAAAUGAAGUACAAGCUACUUUUUUAAAUACAUAAAAUACAGAAAUACUA